AUGGAAAAUAAUACGGAAGAAAAAUCUAUGCUAACACCAAAAGAUGGUUGUAUUUUUUGCUCCAUUGCUUACGGAAAGACAAAUCAAACAGUCUGUUUCGAAACCAAUGAUUUAGUGAUAUUUCAUGAUCACUUACCGAAAGCUCAUUGUAGGUUUGGAUUUCAUUGGCCACCAUUCAAUAGUGUCCAUCAUUUACACAUGCACAUCCUUGGACCUAAACAACUUAUGAGUUUUAAUCUAAUGUUUGAUCCGCGGUUUCAUAUUUUCCGAAAGGUUGAGAGAGUUUUGGACGAUUUAAAAAAGCUCAAAAUUGAAAGGAAGAAGUGA